AUUUCCUUCCUUGAUCUGCACGCGGGCGCAACAGCUUACAAGAAUGAUAUUUAGCUUCUUGCUAAAAGUUGCAAAUUAUAUAUUUUAAUCGAUAGUGUUUAGAACGUACUUAUUUUGUUAUAAUUAUGGAUUAUAAAGAUGAGCAACAUAAUGAAAUCGAAGCUUUGGAGUCAAUUUAUUGUGGAGAAUUGGAAAUUUUAGUAACAGAGCCGUUUUAUACAUUUGCUAUUCCGAUCAAAACGGAAGAAUAUGAACCAGACACUAAUAAUGGGCUCAGUUGUCGAUUAGAAUUUACAUACACAUCAAAAUACCCAGAUGAACCACUGCUUAUAUCAAUUGUGGAGCAAGAAAAUUUUGAGGAUAGUGACGAUGAAAAAUUGAAGGCACAUCUACUAGAACAGAUGAAUGAAAAUCUGGGUAUGGUAAUGGUGUUUACAUUAGUUAGUGCAGCGCAAGAAUGGCUUAAUGUACAAUGGGACAAAAUAAAAUUAAAGAGAGAAGAGACUGCUGCACAAAAAUUGAUAGAAGAAGAGGAAGCUGAAAGAAAACGAUUUGAAGGAACUCGCGUAACUGUGGAAUCUUUCCUAAGUUGGAAAGAAAAAUUCGAUGAAGAAAUGGGUUAUACAAAACGAAAAGAACUGGCGGACCGCGAAGGUAAAAAACUAACAGGAAAAGAAUUAUUUAUGACCGAUAAAACAUUGGAUCAAUCGGAUCUCAAAUUCUUAGAUGAUGGUGAUGCUGUAAAGGUAGAUGAGAGUUUAUUCCAAAAUCUAGAUGAUUUAGAUUUAGAAGAUGAUGAUGAUGAUGAUCCAGACUUUGACCCAAACAUCUCGGAUGAUAGUGCCUAAAUGAGUUUGAUUUAGUAGCUACUAA